CUUGGCUGUCGUAAAAACUUCAUUAUUUCCAGCAAAAGGCAAUCCACCACUUCAAAAAUAAACAAUGCUGUCCGGCUCUUCCAGAUUGAGGCGUCCUCGUAAUUCCUCCACGAGAGCAAAGGCAAAGAGUACCGACGCGUUAACAAUUCUAGACAAAAAUGUUAACUACAGCAAACGGAGCAACAAAGGUGACAAGGCAAACAGCGGAGGAACAGGGAAACGACGUCCCGCUACUUAUGACUCGGAUAUCGAUGAAGAAAGUGAGAAUAACGAGUCGAAUGAUGAUGAUGCAGAUGAAGAUGAAAUGCUAGACGAUGAUAAUGAUGAUAAUGAUAACAGUGGCGACGAUAUUAAUGACGACGAAGAAGACGAAGAUAGUUAUGUUCCUAAUAGGAAACAAAAUAAGAGACGGAAGGGGAGUGCCAAGACGUCAAACCGAAGUGGAAGAAGUAAUCGCUAUGCUUCUGCUAAAAGCAAAUCACUUGUUUCUAAUAUUGACGACGUUGAAAAUUACACAGAGAAUCCUUUAUUUGAAUCAUUGAGUAAUGGUGACUAUUCUCCUGCUGAUCUAGCCCAGUCUUGGAUUGAUGAUUUUGUAGCAUUGGACAUGAACACCAAAUUUGAUGCUUUGAAAGACUUUUUGAACUUUAUCCUCCGAUGCUCAGGAUGUAUUGUUCAGUUCAACCGCCAUGAUGUUACAAAUACAGAGAGUGCCAAAGAUACCGUGAAUGAGCUACAAACUCUUUUUGCCAGACAAAAAUAUCAUGAGUUUCCUAUGAUGUAUGCUCCUGCAGGAGGCAACAAAGAUUGGAAGGAGUUCCCGGAUAAUGCAGUAGCCUUUAUCUCGCAAAUUAUUGUUAUUGCAGGGGAAACCGGAUCUCUUUACGAAGAAGAAGAUCAAUUUGUUGAGUUGCUGUUGGAAUGGAUUAGUGCGAUGUCUACUUCUAAUAUAAGGGCUUUGAGAUACGUUUCUACUCUUUUUGGCUUGACAAUACAAUCGGUAUUAUGUAAAUUAUCAGUCAACAUUUCGAAGUUCAUAGAUAAGUUCUUGAGACAGUUGAAAAAGGAAAAUGAUAGUUUGAAAUCUUUAGUCGAAAACCCAAAGAGCUCAAACAGACAAUUGAAAAGGCAAGUAGACUCUGCAAAUGAAAGAAUAAAAGUUAUUGAAGAUAACCUGGAAAUGUAUAAAAAGCAGAAGAAGUCUAUUGAUGGCUAUAUCACUGAUUUUUUCAACACACUUUUUGUUCACAGAUAUAGAGACACAGCACCUGAAAUUAGGUCCAAAUGUGUCAACUAUCUGGGUGAGUGGAUGGAAGACUAUCCUGAGCUAUUUUUUGAAAGUACUUACUUGAGAUAUCUUGGGUGGCUUUUGACUGACCAGGAUUCGACAAUCAGAUCUGAAGUUUUCAAAGUUUUGAUUAAGUUAUACAAAAAGCGCUCAACAGUGACAGCACUACGUCAGUUCACAUCUUAUUUCAAAAACAAGCUUAUUGAAAUUGUCAUCUACGAAACAGAUUUCAGUGCAAGAUUGAAUUGCUUGCAACUUUUGAACGAGAUUAUUGAAAAAGGUUACUUAAAUGACGAUGAUAUCAUCUGUUUAACAAGUUUAAUUUUUGUUGAUGACGAAGAUUUGAUUUAUCCGUUUCAAGGAUCCAAGUUGAACCCUGGGAAAUUUAUGAAAGAGCUAGCAAUAUUUGUCUCCAAAGUAGAACAUUUGAAUAACACAGAAAUCCUAGAGCGAGAUGAAAAGGAGCUGGAAACAAUCAAUGAAUCUCUACCUUUUGAUUGCAAAAGAAUUUUGAAAAUCAAGACUUUGCUGACCAUUUUAUCUGACUCCUACGAAUACUAUUUAACUAGAUAUUCUACUUCCGGUAUUAAAAAGAAAAUAGAAAACUCCAAGAUUGAAAAGUUUUCUAACAUUUUUCAAUACCUUUAUCACUUGAGGACAUACAAUGAGAACAACGAAAUUUUUGAACUGCUAUUGACAUACACUAAUUUUGAUUUCUCGGCUUAUGCUAUUUCCGAAGAAAUCAAAGAGAACUUCGAAUUGGAUUCCAAAUUGCAAACUCUAUUACUAAGUCUGAUCAAUGGUGCCACAAUGAUAUAUUCUCAAGGUGCCGAAAACAGAUUUCACAAAGCCCUUUUUCCAAAUUUUACCAGAAAGAAAAAUUCCCUAGCUAAUUCAGACAAGGACAGCAAUUAUUAUGUACUGAAGCUUUUAUCGAAAUUACCUGAUAUCUGCUAUUAUUUCCAUGAUGACAUCGAGAAAAUUUCGAUUCUUGUUCAUCUGACAAGUAGUCUACUGAAAUAUAAACCUGUUGAGGUGACCAACAAAGGGUUAAUCGAGACAAUAAGUCAGUUUUUCAGAUUUUUUCUUGUUAUCAAUUUUCCACUUGCGACAAAAGAUGACCAAGAUUCAAAGUAUUAUGAUUCUAUCACUCAUCAGUAUAUAUCCUUCUUCAAACUGGUGAAGACUGAAGAACUAGAUCUGAUAUCUCAGCUCGACUCGAUUUUAACUGAAGUGAACAUGACGCUCCAAUCUAAGGUAAUAAUGAAGUCAUCGACUAUUAUAGAGAACUUGAACAAACUCUAUAUUCUUUGCUACUGCCCUUACAUCACAAAUCGUGUUAUUAAAGAAUUCAAUUCAGUCCUUCCUCUGUUCUCAAACUCACUUUAUUUUUCAGUUGAACAUGAUGAAAGAUAUAUUCGUCAAAAAGAUGCAAUUUUGUUAUCGUUGACAAAAUCAGAAAUAUCUGCGUUCUUGCGUAUUUCAAGCUUUUACACCAACAUAUCUUUACUACAGAUAUAUGAGGGAAAACUUCAUCAUCAUGACGAUAUACUAACCUUGAACUCAGAUACGAUAGGUACUAUUAAUUGUAUUCAACGGAAUUUGAGUUUAUUAAUUGAACCUGAUUCCUCCACGCUAUCUAUGGACUUGGUGCAUGACAUUGCUGCCUCAUACCUUGACAACGUUCUUUGCAUUUCUGCUUUCAAAGCUGAAUUUGGCUCGUUGAUUAACCAAGCUUCAUCUUCAACGGAUGUUGAAGUUAGUGAGAUUCAGUUAUUACGUUCACACAUAGGCAAAUCAAUUCAGCAACAACUAAUGAAAGUGUUUUGUGUUCGUGAGUACCAGUUGGCAGAGUUAUUGGGAACAGAAGCUCAACUUGAAAGAGACGCCGAUGAAGACGUCAACUUCAGCAACUAUAGUGUCAUGAAAUUAGAUAGUGAGGAUUUGGAUGCUGAUGUUGAAGAAGGAGAAGAUGAAGAAGAAACUGGCGAAGAAAGUGAGUAUUCACAACGCUCAAACAAGAAACUAGAGAAAAAGAAUGAAAAGUACCAGCUAUUACUUUGUGAGAUUGCAUCAAAAAUCAUUCUCUGCUGCAACCUAGAACUUGUAGAUGAUACGAAUGACCGCACCAUUAUAAUUGAGCGUGUGAAGAAGAACUCUGAGUUUCUCGGUGAGCUCUUCAAAAAAGUUCUUGCAGGAGUGGGACUAUUGGUCACCUACAAUUCAGAUGUUACUCUUACGGGAAUCAAAUCUAAAACUGGUAAAGGGAGUGCCAAAGCUGUACAACAUCAACUUGUAGGCGAAACAGGGAAGCUGGCAAAGAUAAUCAAGCGUGGCAAAAAGAGACGGUUAAGCGAUGGCAGCAUGUUAAACUUUUCAGGAGUGGAUGAUGAACAGGAACAAGAAGGAGAAGAUGAAGAUGACCCAAUUGAGAACUCGGAUGUUGACGACGACAAUGACCAAGAAGUUGAAAUAGGGGCUGAAAAAGAGGAGCAAGAUGAGACUGAAGUUACCCCACAGGCAGAUGAGGAUAUCGAGUUUAGCGGCAUUGACGAUGAUGAUUCUGUUCUUAACAAUUCUAGGAGCGGAAGAAGGGCUAUUACGACAUCAAGCGAGAUAAGUUCAUUUGCAUCUUCUUUUCCAUUCACCCAGUGAAAAAUCAAUAACCACGAUUGCAACAAUUUGCUAAAUUUUUUGUCUUUGUUAUGUAGACUCAUUUUUUUGUACACUACAAUCUAUUCAGUUGGUAUCUUUCUAAUUACCAAGAGUUUUUAUAACUUUUUUCAUUGCUUUUCUAGAAAAAAUUAUUUAAAAUAAUUACGUGAA